UGGCAUCGGGUUCCCGGGAGAGAGGGCGGAGAGUUGGCCACCAAGGCUGCAACUGAAGACAGCUGGAGGUCCAAUGGCAGACAGGCGGACUAGAAGCAUGGCCGGCUCGGAUCUGAGCAGGACCACGGCGGCCCGGGCCACUGCCAUAGCCGAGCAGCUGCACCAUGAGUGCUCCAUCUUAUUGGAACUUUAUAGAAAGAAGGAAAAUUUCAGUGCAGAUGUUACGGUGGCUGACGGUCGUCUGGUGUCCGUCCCUCCUCCUUCCUCCCAGCUGGACACCAGGGACAAGCUCUGGCGCCUCCACUCUGCUCUGCUGCAGUGCCGCAGCUUGCUGGAGAGAGCCAUCGCCAAAGAGGAAGAGGACCUGGGCGGUGGGAAGAAGGGUGACUACGAGACCCAGAGGAAGAUGGUGAAGGAGAGACUCUCACUUCUCUUAAUCAACACGGGAGAACUCCUCAAAGCUGUAGAUGGCACGGCAGUCCUGACUCCCAAUUUGGAGGGUUUGGAGUUAGACGGUCCGACCCAUUUGUUUGAGCUCAAGCUUUGGGUUUACCGGAUCUUCAAAGAGGUGGACUACUGGACCAAGACGGCCAUCACCACCUUGCAAAGCCUGCCUUCAGUGAAUGCCAGGGAGCGUGCGAGGACCACGCGAGUCAGGAGCACAAGAAGCGCUCGGUGAUGAGAAGGAGACACGAGAAGUGUGUGUGGGUGAGGUGGAGUUAUAAGAGAGAAAUAAAAUGUUAGAAAUGGAGAGAGAGGUAAGAGGGUGAAGGGAUGAAAAGGGAUGAGAAAAUGAGAGUGGAGCAAGGAGUUCAGCUGGUGCCAAAGUGAGAAACUGGCUGAUAUCGAAAGAAAAGAAAGAGAUGAGGGAUAAUAGCCAGCUGAGACAGAGACACAGAUCCCUACUGACACAGGGAGAUGAGUGGGUUGGGUUAUUUUUAGGGCACGAAGUCCCGUAUAUUUGCACAGAGGCCUCAGACAGAGAAACGAACCCUGUUUGUCACAGCUAAUAACAUUUGUUGGAACAAGUUUAUUUUAAGUAUGGCAGAAUCUAAUACAUCUUUAUAGUUAUUGUUUACAUCGAUGAAAUCUAACAAGCGUCUAGAUUCAGAGUUAAGAUACAGAGUUUCUUUCUUUGUUUCUGUCUUUCUUUCUUUCUUUCUUUCACAUUUUGGUAUUGAGGAAACAACACAUGAUUAACGCCAACUCAAACAAGGAAAUGAAGAUGUUACUUUUUCUGCCCGGUAACACCUAACUCAGAUUCAUGGUUUUCCUUGUGCAUCCGUUACUCCUUUGAUACAGCGGAAGUUAUAAUUUAAGAUAUACGGCCAGGAUCCACUGCAGCUGACAGAGGAAGCAGUCAGCAAGGGGCACAUUCUGAUGGAAAUGAGAACAUCUGAAUUCAUACCGUCACCAAACUGAUAUGUGUACCUUUGAAUACUGUGGCUUUAAAUCAUUCCAUAUAAAUUAUUACCUGGGGAUGUUCAGUGUACGAAGGGAAACAAAUAUGUAACAGUGCCCUCUAGUGUUUAAAUGUUUCUAUUGCAUAGAUUAAUUCCUUCCUUUCUUUCUUGAUUUCCCCCAGUAAUGAUAAUUAUGUCAAAAUAUGCCCUGCUCUUAUGGGAUCUUUUUUUUUAAAAAGGUUUUUAGGGCAAUUUAUCAGCAAUGAAAUCAUGGUCAACCAUGUCACAGGAUAGAGGGAGCAACAAGUUUGGUGCAACCGCAACAUCAGUAGUCCAGACUUAUGGGCAAAUGAAUGGGCACAUAAACAGGGAGUGUAGUGGAAAUACAGUUUAAAUAGUAAAAGUUUGUACGACACUGAUUAUCAGAAAACUGCAUUUGGCUUCAAUUCAAAGCCCAACACGAGAGACACAAAAAUCAUGUCCUACAUCACAGUGGUCAAUAUGAACAUUUUAAGGCACAUAUUAAUUUCAACCCAGUCCAGAUUCAGUCAGCUGAAAAGCAAGGAUUUAUGUCUGUCGUGUGAUCCAUUAUCUAUCCACUGAGCAGUUGCAGCAUUUACUGCAAUAAUCAACAGAUACUGUAGUUGAUAAGUUAACUCUUCUAGUGGAUUGGUUAAAUUGUGAUGAUGUAAAUUAAUCAAAAAUGACCCUCACAUGCCACUCUGUCAGUCUAACUCGGGCUGUGGUACUAAUGAAAUUAGCAUCAGCCAUUGCCUCAGAUUGUCUUUAAUGAUGCAUGAAGCUUCGGGGCAGGAAAAAGAGAAGAUACUGUGAAUGGGCUUGAAUCCUAUGUAGAAUAGUCAUAAUCAAUAGGAUCCAUGAUAAUGUGGAGCACAAAGCAGACAAAGGUGUAAUGGAAGAGAGGUUUAUUAUGUAAGCAGACCUGUGAAAUGUUUUAAUUUUUAGUUUGAGGGGACCAUAUUACAUUUAAACUUUUUUUUAAGUCAAGGGCUACAGAUUUUAUUCAGUUAAUGUUUGACUUGUUUCAUACUGUAGGUUGAUAAACUGUUGGUACAUGCACUGGGAGUAUAAACAAACCUGUGUGGUACUUGAGUGACACAGGAUACUCCAAACUGUUAUCGGGCUCCUGAAAACUGGAUGUUGUUACUGGAAGGAAACAUAAACGCAUUUGGUCAUUUGAUCUGAGUCACCAUCAUUAAUUUCCAGAUUAAAUUUGACCCCUGAGAAAAUAAGAGCUACUGAACAUGUGCACAAGAUAUUCACUCCAUCGGUUAUGAAUGCACUAAAUGAAGACUGAGAAUACAUCAUACACCACAAAUGCAUCCUAAAUAUAUAAUAAUGCAUUGGAGUGCAGUACUUUUUAGUGUGAUAUACUGUAAAUGCAAUAUUACAUGUAUUGCAUCUGCUUUUCUGUAUUUGGAUUAGGGAUGUGUUAUGUUCUUUUUCAUCUCCUCCGAUGAUGAACUAUCCGCUGGACUACACAGCGCAUAAAUCUUCUUUCUUUUUUUUCUUUUUUUACAAAAGGAUUUUCCGGCUCUGCUCUCUGUUAUGAGUUGGUUGAUUUGCUGGCCUGGUUGGCCCCAGAUCAAGAACAGUCAAAUACAAGAGAACUCGGGCCAAAGUUGACCAAAAGUAACACUGGGUUGAAAAAAAGUAAAAGUGUGUUGCUACAGGUGCUACAGGAGAAGAUGAAAUGUGGUAGAGGAAAUCCAGUUUGAAUAACAUAUCAGUAAGUUCCAAGGCUUAAAAGAGACAAUGUAACAGCAUUUUACUGUGGAAAGUUAUCAUGGUGGCAUUUUUUUUUUUCUCUCAUUGGGCCAAUGCAUAGGUCUCAUUGAAAUGAGUGAGACUGCGUGUCUUUGAUGCAGUGCUAUUGUUGGCCUGAAUGCAGCAUCGGAGCCUGGACAUGAGCUUUAUGGGACAACUGUUUCGUCACUGAUUCCAACAGCUUCACAUUAUAGCCCUCUGUUCUUCUGUUGGUGCCACACACAUCAUCUGUCAGUCAUGGACUGACCUACACAAGACUCCUACAGCCAUUUUUAGUCUGUCCUUUUCUUACAGAUCAUGGAAAAUACAGCACUGUGAUUACAUUCCUGGCAAACAAAAUGUUUGUGUUUUAUGUGCUAUUGAUUGAUUGAUUGAUUUGUUUUCUCUAAUGUUUUUUUUUUCUUUUCUUUUACUGUGCGUUUUCUUUAUAAAUGUAGUUUUUUACACCACCAAGUGCCCUCCCUUUUGACCUCUGGUGUAGAGAGAGCUAGCUGUAGACAAAUGGCUCACAGCACAAAGAGAGGAUUAGGUUACCAUCACAUCUGUCUAUAAACAGCAAUCAUACAGUAGGAAAAAACCACGCUCAUUACAGUUGUCAGCUUUACCGUAAAGACUGUAUGAUUAACCCUCAUUAUGCCCGAUGGUCAAGUGAAUGUAUUAAUUUACUUAUGAACUGUUUCAGUGCCUUUGCCGUUAAUCUUUGAUGUUUACAGUCAGGCAACAGUAAUCCCUGUCCUGCAAAUGUGGCUUUAUCUGUGUAAUGACUGUCUUGCUGGAUACAUUUUUGGCCCUUGAUACAAUGUUCACACAAGGGAGACCAGACACCAAAACUAGAUUGAAUCUUUGGGCUGACAAAUUUGUUUUGUAUUUCCUUUAGUCACUGUAAUCCAAAAGUCUCUUUUGGAUUACAGUCCUACAGUGUCUCAAAUUAUAUCUAUCUUUAGGGAACGGAAACCAUCUUCUGUUGAGCUUUUACAGCAUAGCUCCUUUCUGACAUGUAAUCUGGAACGUUGCUGGGUUCAUUUAUCUGUUAAAGUACCGGCUUUCUGGCUUUCUAACAUACCGCAGGCCUCUGUCGACUCUGUUCACACAAGACAAGACGUACUGUAAAUGGAUAAGCAAUGCUCGCUUGAUAUUUGGCAUCUAGGAUACAAGACGUGGCAAUGUAGUAAGGUUUCAAUUAACAGUUAUUUUCAUAAUCAUUUGUUACCAGUUAUUUUUCUCAAUCAAGUGAUGACUUGUUUUGUCUAUAAAAUGUCAGUUUCCCAGAACCCAGGUUGACAUAUUUCAGUUGCUUGUUUUGUUGAACAAAUGGUACAAAAUGCAAAAAAUAUUCCGUUUACUUUCAUUAAAGGCUAAAAAUACAGCAAAUAAUCAUAUUUCAGAGCCUUGAACAAGUGUGAAAUUUUGGCGGCCUGUUUGCUGACCUAAAAAAAUGACCUAAACAACUAGUUGAUCAUAAAACAAUAAUUAAAGCGUCAGUUAAUUUACUGCAACAAUAUCAGCAAUGUUGCAGGUUAUGGAUGUUGUGCGAGGCAAGGGACAGUUUACUGGAACAUGCUGCUCACCUGUUUUGUUAUCUUGCUAUCAGUGUGGAGGGACACUUUUCUAACGUAAGGUUCGUACCAAUACCCAGGCAAUUUCUACAAAAGUAGCUUGUGUAGCAUGCCGAAGUCUCUCUACUGAGUCAAAUCUGCUGCUUCAAAAUGUCCCGUGAUCAAAGUACAGCACUCACACAGCUUCGCUCCUACUCUGUCUUGAUUGAUUGCACACUAUUCUCAAAAUUGUAUUAUGUCAGAACACUGUAAUCUAGAGUUUGGCUUUACUGUCAAUGUUUUAUUCCAACUUGAGCCAUGGAGAAGAAAGUGUUAAAUAAAUGUUGUUUAGUAAAUGAUUCAGGCCAUUCUUAAAGAUAAUGCCGACAUGUAAAACUGGCAGAGCAUUUACAAAUGUUUUUGUGUCUAAGAGGGGCUACAAACAACAUAAGCAUAGACUAGUACUAAAGCACUGCCCUUAUUAUUUUGAAUGACAUAGUGAAUAUAAUGCAGGACUAAUACUGGAACCAGGACACAUGUUUUUUUCCUCUGAAUCGUCAUCCACAGCCUAAAUAUUGUUGUUUCAUUUUUUCAUUUAGGGACGAAAUGAUUACUUAUCAAAAAUAGUAAAGACAAAAUAUAUACAUUUCUUUUAAAUCACAGAGAGUGCAUCAGUUGAUGCAUUGUGAAUAUAAAAUGAGAGUAAUGUAAAGUCUUUUAUGUUUUCCUGAAACUUUGGUAUGGUACACAAACUUAUUUAUUAUUGAUAGGAUUCCUGAGGGUGUAUGAGUGGGUUGAAAUAAAUUGAUCUUGGCUAUACUUUGAA